GCUAGUGAGAGGAGCGCGAAACCUGCUGCGGAGGAGAGAGACCCACUAGGAAAGCCGGUCCCGAAAAUACAUGUAUUAUUACAUGAAACCGGACCAAACACGUUCUAACGGAAUAUAUACAAGUAAGGUGUUUGUGAAAACGAGAAACUGGAAUUUUAGUCAAAUUUCAGUCAGAGGGCUGAAAAACUGAGGAGGAUUUUAUCCUGUUUCACUUCUGAGGAGGAAAGAGUCUCAGCUGAUGCCGACGGGAAGAGAACAUAUAAAGACGACACUAACCAUUGAGGCACUAAAGAGUCUCACUAAAUGAUAGCGUGAGUGUGCAGCUGUCCAGCAGGAGUUUAGGGAAACCCUGCGGUGAGUGCCAACCACAAAUCAUGGUGCCACAUACCCUACAGGCCUCUUUUCAUGGCAGUGCCACAUCCCUUUUGCUGCUGCUAUGCCUGGCAGUGCCAAUCCAUGCAGACAGCAUGCCCAGUUUUAUUAAGACUCCUGAAGAUCAGACAGGGAUCUCUGGAGGAGUGGCAUCUUUUGUUUGCCAGGCGGUCGGGGAGCCAAAACCACGCAUCACCUGGAUGAAGAAGGGCAAGAAAGUCAGCUCACAGCGCUUUGAGGUGAUAGAGUUUGAUGAUGGUUCAGGCUCAGUGCUUAGGAUCCAGCCGUUACGGACACAUCGAGAUGAGGCCAUUUACGAGUGCACGGCCACCAACAGCAUGGGAGAAAUCAACACCAGCGCUAAACUCAUUGUACUGGAAGAGGACCAGAUCCCUCACGGGUUCCCGUCCAUAGACAUGGGCCCACAGCUGAAGGUGGUGGAACGAACACGCACAGCCACAAUGCUUUGUGCCGCCAGUGGUAACCCUGACCCAGAGAUCUCCUGGUUCAAAGACUUCCUGCCUGUCGAUAUUAACAGCAGCAAUGGAAGAAUAAAGCAACUCCGCUCAGGUGGUACACCAAUCAGAGGGGCACUUCAAAUCGAGAACAGCGAGGAAUCGGACCAGGGCAAGUAUGAGUGUGUGGCGGUAAACAGUGCGGGAACGAGAUACUCGGCGCCGGCUAACCUCUACGUCAGAGUCCGGCGAGUUCCACCACGUUUCUCAAUUCCGCCCACCAACCACGAGGUGAUGCCAGGUGGCAGUGUUAACCUCACCUGUGUGGCGGUGGGUGCCCCUAUGCCCUACGUCAAGUGGAUGACAGGAGAUGUAGAACUAACCAAGGAAGAGGAGAUGCCGAUUGGCCGAAACGUGUUGGAGCUCACCAACAUUCAACAGUCAGCGAACUACACUUGUGUGGCUAUUUCCUCUCUGGGUAUGAUCGACACCACAGCUCAGAUCACAGUCAAAGCUUUGCCCCGUCCUCCCACCUCUCUGAUUGUCACGGAAACCACCGCCACCAGCGUGACUCUAACGUGGGAUUCCGGUAACCCUGAACCCGUAUCAUACUAUGUGAUUCAGUACCGGGCCAAAGUCUCAGACAACGGUUUCCAGGAGGUUGACGGAGUGGCCUCCACUCGCUACAGCAUCGGCGGCUUGAGCCCUUACUCGGAGUAUGAAUUCUGCAUCAUGGCAGUCAAUAACAUUGGUCGCGGGCCGCCCAGCGGUAUGGUGGAGACACGGACCAGUGAACAGGCCCCCUCCUCUCCUCCCUUACGGGUUCAGGCACGUAUGCUGAGCGCCACUACCAUGUUGGUCCAGUGGGAACCUCCAGAGGAGCCCAACGGUCAGAUACGAGGAUAUCGAGUGUACUACACAUCUGAUCUUCACUUGCUGCUCAGCACCUGGCAGAAACACAACACAGAGGACAGCAGCCUGACCACCAUAUCCGGCCUGGUGCCGGACAUCACAUACGGUCUCCGCGUGCUGGCCUUCACCUCUGUGGGAGACGGCCCACCAUCAGACUUACUGCAGGUUAAAACACAGCAAGGAGUCCCGGCCCAGCCAACUGGUUUUGAAGCAGAGGCAGAACUCGACACUCAGAUCAUGCUGUCAUGGCUAUGGCCCGUCCAAGAUCAGAUCACCACAUAUGAGCUCACAUACUGGGAGGCCAACUCUGAAAACAAGCACCAGGUGACCUUUAACCCGGCUGGUUCUUACACUGUUGAAGGCCUAAAGCCAGACACCCUCUACAAGUUUUCUCUGGCUGCUCGCUCUGAGAUGGGACUUGGGGUGUAUACACAGCCCAUCGAGGCCCGGACUGCCCAGUCAACCCCGUCCGCCCCCCCACAGGAAGUUCACCUGUUCAGUCUCAGCUCCACUAGCAUCAAGGUGAGUUGGGCGGCUCCUCCUUCUGGUAGUCAUCAUGGCAACAUCGUCAGGUAUACUUUGGCCUAUCAGGCGGUGUCAGGCGAUGAACAGCAGAGACACGAGGUGAAGGACAUUCCUGCCAAUGUGUCCAGUUAUGUGCUGGAGGGGCUGGAGAAAUGGACUGAGUAUGUGGUGUGGGUGAAAGCACACACUGAUGUUGGGCCCGGUCCAGAGAGCAGCAGCACCCGCAUCAGAACCAAAGAGGAUGUGCCUGGCGCCCCUCCACGCAGAGUUGAGGUGGACAAUGUGAACUCCACAGCCUUGCGGGUGUCAUGGAAACCUCCGCUGCAGCAGAAGCAGCACGGACAGAUCCGCGGCUAUCAGGUGGUGUAUUCGCGGCUGGAGAAUGGAGAGCCACGUGGGCAGCCCAGCAUCCUGGAUGUGGCCCUGCCCGAGGCACAGGAGGCGUUGAUCACCGGUCUGUUGCCUGAAACAACAUAUUCUGUUACCGUGGCAGCAUACACCUCUAAGGGAGAUGGAGCAAGAAGCAAGGCCAAAAUGGUGACCACGACAGGGGCAGUGCCAGGCAAGCCCACCAUGAUCAUCAGCACCACAAUUGGGAACACAGCUCUGAUCCAGUGGCAGCCCCCGAUAGAGAUGGUGGGUGAGCUGAUGGGCUACAGAUUGCGAUACAAGCGUGAAGAAGAGGAGACCUACACCAACCGCGACUUCAGGCGCACUGACGGCCACUACACUGUCACUGGCCUGCACAAGGGUGCCACCUACAUCUUCAAGCUCUGCGCAAAGAACCGAGCAGGAAAUGGGGAGGAGUACAGCAAAAUGAUCAGCACCCCAGAUGAUGUUCCCAGCAGCUACCCCCAGAAUCUGAGAGUGGUGGGGCUCACGACCACCACGACCAAACUGGCGUGGGACCCCCCACCCCUACCAGAGAGAAAUGGGAAGAUCAUACGCUACGUGGUGGUGUACCGCGACAUCAACAGCCAUCAGAACCAGACCAAUGGUACCACGGGGACGCAAAUGACCAUUCACGGGCUGCAGCCGGACACCACCUAUGACAUUAGAGUGAGAGCGUUUACAGGGAAGGGAGGAGGUCCGAUUAGCCCCAGCAUCCAGAGCAGAACCAUGUCUACCUCCAUGCCUGAGUUCACCAAAAACUUUGGUGUGAAAGCUGUCAUGAAGACCUCUGUCCUGCUCACGUGGGAUGUGCCAGAAACAUACAAGUCUCAAGUGCCUUUCAAGAUCCUAUAUAACCAGCAGAGUGUGGAGGUUCAGGGCGAUCUGAAGAGGAAGUUGAUCACACGGCUGCAGCCAGACACGGAUUAUUCUUUCGUGUUGAUGAGUCGAGGAAACAGCGCCGGCGGAUUGCAGCAGCAGGUGUCCAUCCGCACUGCCCCAGAUCUGUUUACCACCAAACCAGCCCACUACAAACACGACCCAGAGGAGGGCGGCAAACUCACCAUCACACCACCUAAAGUGCACAACAUUGCCCUCGUCAGGUGGUUUUACAUGGUGGUUGUGCCAGUUACUACAUCCCAUCUACGCCGUUGGGAGAGCCCAGAGGAUAUGGAUCUAGAUGAGCUUUUGGAGGGUAGCAGAGACUCAGACGUGAGGAGGAGGAAGAGGCAAGCUCAGGACGUCCUGCGACCGUACAUCGCUGCCAAGUUGGAAGAUCUUCCCGAGACCUUUGUGUUAGGAGAUGAGAAAACUUACAACGGCUUCUACAACAAACCUCUGCCUGGCCAGCAACAGUAUCGCACAUUUGUACUAGCAGCACUGAAAGAUCGAGACUCAAUGUUUACGGUGAGUCCAUACUCUGAUCCCAUGAUGGUGAAGCUCCACAGUGGGAUGUCUCGUCAUGUGGAAGACCCAGAGAUGCUGUGGGUGAUGGGACCUGUGCUGGCUGUCGUUCUGAUCAUCAUCAUCGUCAUCGCCAUCCUGUUCUUCAAGAGGAAGCGCACUUCUCCCUCAGCUAAAGAUCAGCACUCAGCUGGAGUUAAAGAUCACUUACUGGCCCGUUCCUCCGACCCAGUGGAAAUGAGGAGACUUAACUAUCAGACACAAGGUACAAGUGCCUUUAGCUGCCCCAACACUACAAGAAUGCGGGAACACCCUCCAGUUUCUGUCUGUGCUUUGGCUGACCACAUCGAGCAGCUAAAAGCCAAUGAUGGCCUGCGCUUCUCACAGGAAUAUGAGUCUAUUGACCCUGGUCAGCAGUUCACCUGGGAGAACUCCAACCUAGAGGUCAACAAGCCGAAGAACCGCUAUGCAAACGUCAUCGCUUACGACCACUCCAGAGUCGUGCUGACACCUGUUGAUGAUGUACCAGGAAGUGACUACAUCAAUGCCAACUACAUUGAUGGCUACCGCAAGCAGAACGCGUACAUCGCCACUCAGGGUCCUCUGCCCGAGACACUCAGUGACUUCUGGAGGAUGGUGUGGGAGCAGAGAACCAACACCAUCGUCAUGAUGACCAGACUGGAGGAGAAAAGCAGGGUGAAGUGUGAUCAGUACUGGCCGAGCCGUGGAACGGAAACAUACGGCAUGAUUCAGGUAUCCAUGCUGGACACAGUGGAGUUAGCCACCUACAGCGUCAGAACAUUCGCCCUGUAUAAGAACGGAUCCAGCGAGAAACGGGAAGUUCGACAGUUCCAGUUCAUGGUCUGGCCCGAUCACGGAGUUCCAGAAUACCCCACACCGAUUUUAGCCUUUCUACGUAGAGUCAAGGCAUGCAACCCACUUGACGCUGGACCCAUGGUGGUACACUGCAGUGCUGGUGUAGGUCGGACAGGCUGCUUUAUCGUAAUAGAGGCCAUGCUAGAGCGCAUAAAACACGAGAAGUCUGUGGAUAUCUAUGGUCAUGUGACCUGCAUGCGUGCUCAGAGGAACUAUAUGGUGCAGACUGAAGAUCAGUACAUCUUCAUUCAUGAAGCUCUGCUGGAGGCCGCCACUUGCGGGAACUCAGAGGUCCCUGCACGGAGCCUGUACACGCAUAUCCAAAAACUCACACAGGUGCCACCUGGAGACACCGUCACCACCAUGGAGCUGGAGUUUAAGAAACUGGCCAACUCUAAAGCACACACAUCCAGAUUCAUCAGUGCUAGUCUACCAUGCAACAAGUUUAAGAACCGACUGGUGAACAUCAUGCCCUUUGAGUCCAGCCGUGUGUGUAUGCAGCCAAUCAGAGGCGUGGAGGGGUCCGACUACAUUAACGCCAGCUUUAUUGAUGGAUACAGGCAGCAGAAGGCAUAUAUAGCCACACAGGGUCCUCUUGCUGAAACCACAGAAGACUUCUGGAGAAUGCUGUGGGAGCACAACUCCACCAUCAUAGUAAUGCUGACAAAGCUCAGAGAGAUGGGACGGGAGAAGUGUCAUCAGUACUGGCCUGCCGAGAGAUCUGCUCGAUACCAGUAUUUUGUCGUGGACCCCAUGGCUGAAUACAACAUGCCGCAGUACAUCUUACGAGAGUUUAAAGUCACAGACGCCAGGGAUGGCCAGUCCAGAACGAUCCGCCAGUUCCAGUUCACUGAUUGGCCGGAACAAGGUGUGCCAAAGACAGGAGAGGGCUUCAUUGAUUUUAUUGGCCAAGUCCACAAAACCAAGGAGCAGUUCGGACAGGAUGGACCAAUCACUGUUCACUGCAGUGCUGGUGUGGGCAGAACAGGAGUAUUUAUCACUCUGAGUAUCGUGCUGGAGCGGAUGAGGUAUGAAGGAGUGGUGGACAUGUUCCAGACCGUAAAAACGCUGCGCACACAGAGACCUGCCAUGGUACAGACAGAGGACCAGUACCAGCUGUGUUACCGAGCAGCUCUAGAGUACCUGGGCAGCUUUGAUCACUAUGCAACGUAACCACUCCCAGAAUUCCUCAGAACGCCACCUCCGCAGAGCCGCCACUUCUCUCUUAGCCAUAGCCAUCCUAACUAUUCAGUCAACACUGCUGGAGGGAGACAGAUAGACAGACAGAAGGAGAGAGAUGGUCAGGGAGAUAAUUCACUGCAUUUGUGUUCUUCUCUCUGAAUACAGACUCAAACAUUUCAUUCUGGUCUCUAUAUAUGCACAGCUCCAGUUUUUGUACAUUGCUGAGUGUAUUACAUUACCACUUUUUUUAUUGUAAACAUUUCAUCAUUCUCUUGGUGAUUAUCAUUGUCGUCUGCGAUUUUCUUAUUCAGUAAUUUUGCCUUUCUUUUUUUCUUUUACGAAUAUCUAGUUGAGCAGCAAAACUGCAUAAGAUAUUAAGACUUUUUUUCAGAGAAUAUAUUUUGAUUAAAACUUAAUUUAAGAUAUAUUCUCUGAAAAAUGGCUUGAUAUUAUAAAUACUUAUAAUAUUAAUUUAUAAAUAAAUACUUAAUAUUUUUAUAUGAAUGAAUACUUAAUAUUUUUCUUAAACCAUUGGCAGAUAGUUUUUUUCUUCUUGUUGUUUUUAAGUAUAAAUCGAACAAAAUUCAAUGGUUUAUUGGUUAUUGAGUUCAGAAAAACAGACUUGUGCUGCCUUCAAGUGCAAAUAAUUUUUGUUAUUACGACAUGUCCUGCAUUCAAGUGAGAAACAAAAUAUGGAAGAUGCCAAACUAAAAUAAACACACAAUGAGCAAUAGUUGCAACAGUGGAUACGAUUUAUUACUGCAUGUUAUGUAACAAAUUAUUAAUUCAUUUGACUUAGACAAAGUGCACAAAACCUCAAAGGGUGAGUCAUUAAGUUUACUUUAGUUGACCAUUAGAUCUGUCAUAUAUAAUAAAUCAAUAUUAUUGAAAUAAAGCACUGAAACUGAAAUAAUUUUGCAAAAUUAUUGCUUUACAUCAUCUUGCAUGUCAAAACGCCACUUCCAACAUCUCAGCAACUCUGGUAUCAUCUAAAAUUCCAGAAUUUUCCAACUGGUAAAUACGACUUCGCUUGGUCAUUCACAUGCUUGGAACUCGUAAUUACGAUAUUUUUGACUGAGGAGGCUGCAUCAAUUCAAGAUAUAUUAAGUAAAUAAUUAAAUUUGCUUCUUAAGUAAAUUUGGCUUGUUUUAAAGAUGUUUCUACUAGAAGACAAGACAAAAGUACUGAAUGAGAAAAUGAUUUUUUGUAGUUUUGUUAUUAUUUUUAAUAUUAUUAUUGUGGCCAUUUCUGUUAGUAUGUCUUUCAGAAAGUACAAUAUUUGUAUUAUUUGCUGAUCGUUGUAUAUCUAAGGGGUUCGUUUUAUGUUUAUUUCUUCUUAUAUUAUUAUUAUUAUUCCUUUAUGAAAUUUUUUUUAUAUGUUCAAUUAUUUUUAGCACACGUGGACAUGUAUUUUCACAUGACCCAAGUUACUAAUACUAAAAGAGGUGUAUUAAGAGCUGCUGCUGAUUUCUUACUUUUUAUCAUUAUUAUGAUAUUUUAAUGAUCUUUUAUUUAGAUGGGAAAGGGGGAAACUUAUAUAUAUAUAUAAACUUUUCACCUCCUGAUUCUUUACAAAACAAUAUAAACAAAUACAAAAGAUGAACCAGAGUUAGCGACCUGAAAGGACCUGCUGCCGUUAAGGAAACUGAAUAAACCAAUGAAAUGAGAAAAGAAAUUCUGCUUGAAAUAGCGGUAAACUGUCAUUUUCUGGAAACUCCAUUCUGAAGGCCUGAUGCCACAGAAAAGUCUUUCUUUCAAUCAGGGGUCAGCCGAGGUCAAAAGUCAACCCAUCUUAACGGCCAGGCCUUGACCUGACAAACUUGCACGCACAUGUACAGCCAUCACGCAUAUCCAGUUGAACCUCAGAAAUCCAUCAUCAGUUCAGACUAGCAGCUGAAAUGUUUUGGCUGAAAGUGAAGUGAAACGACUCAACUCACCUGCUCAGACUGAAAACAGUCCUGAACUCUUUAUAUGUGGUAUUAACGGACAUCCGAUUAUUUCUCACUGUGGCUCUUAAAGACAAAUCUCCUGUAACGUCACAACUGCAUCAUUGGACUGAAAAUAUGUGCAUACUCGAGACGAGUGUUUCUUUUCUCUUAUUGCCUGAGCACAAAGUAAGAUGGGAAGAAUUCAUUACACUUUGUGUUCACAUAGAGACAAAAGCACAUUCAAUCUGUUGUACAGCCAGUCUGUUUUCUAUUUGUUAAUAAAAAAGGAGAGAAAUAUGUUAAUAAAAUGCCUA